AUGUCCCCUGCCAUGCCUCAUUCCUCCACUCUCUGUAAGCAUCCAUCCCUGUCGUUCCACUGCAUCUCUGUCUGCCUCUUCCCGUGCCCUUGUCACCGCAGGAAUAUCUCCAAUAAUGGCCUCUCAGGCGCCAUCCCCGAAUCCCUCACAGCCAUCACUUCCCUGGCGUACCUGAACAUGAGUUUCAACCACUUUGAAGGAACCAUUCCACCAUCCCUCGGAGGCCUCAGGCAACUCACAACCGUUGACACCAACGACACGAGUCUCAAGUGCCCUGACAAUUACACCAGCUGCGGUGUGCCUCAGGAUACGUCCUCUGGCUUCUGCCGUGCCUGCCCUGACUUCUGUAACACAUCACCGACGAGUCAUGUGGCUGCCGUCUCUCUGGAUCUCUUUAUUGCCACUGUCAUUGCCGCUCCACUUCCAGUCACCUCCUCCCUUGCCACUCCCGUUGCCACCACUUUCUUGCCUGCUCUUUGCCCUUUUGAAAACUCUCAAGGGCUCUUCCUGCAACCUGGUGAGAGCGAUGGCCACAAAAGACCACCCCAACCUCGUGAAGCUGCUGUCUCAAUCGGGAUUACCGACAAGACAAGGGUCGAGCAAAUCCUCAUCUACGAGCUCAUGCCCAACGGGGACCUCUCGCACUGGAUUGGAAAAGGUAUGCCCCCACACCCAGUGGGUCGUCCAGAGGCAGUGUCCCCGCUGAGCUUUGAGCGGCGGGUCCAGCAGCAGCUAGCUCAAUCCGGCAGCAGGGCGGUCGUGGCAUGGCUGAAGCAAACGCGCAUGGAGGCGCGGGAUGACUUGGUGUUGACGGUGGUGCAGCUGGCUCUGCGAUGCACGUCUAAGCAGAGUGCCCCGCGGCCGGCCAUGGGGGUGAUUGCAGCCGAGCUGGAGGCCGUGCUGGUGGCGCUGGGCGGCGCACACAGAAAUGCCGGUGCCCGUCAGGUGGAUGAAGAGGUGGAGUUGCAGAGGCCAGAUGUGGAUUUGGAUGCAGAGAUUGCUCGUCAUAGCCUGUUGUAA